CGGUCCACCUGCCAGCGCCGUUUAAAGUUUCUGAGGCUCGCAAGAACACAAUGACUUGGAUCAAACGGCCUAAAUGGCAAGAAGGGUAUUUCUGCUGCAUCCAGGAAGCCCUUAAACUCCCGCGGACUACCUCCUUGCAGGCGUCCAUGCACUCGCCCGCCCUCCUCAAUCACUGACCAGAGAUGAUUUCUGAGGAUCCCUUGAAAGCCUGGAGCUUUAUGGCUGGAAAAUGAAACGACGCUGGAGUGUGGCCACAUCAUUAUUUUGUGUCGCGCGGGACCAGAUGGGCAGUCAGUGAAUGGCGCAGGGAUGUGAUGGACAGUUUUAUAAUGUGAUUUCCCCCCAGAAAGCUAAAGCCGGCUUCCUUUCCCUCUAUUUCCUCUCGGUCUGUAGCACUUGCGUUCUCCCCCGCUCUGCAAGAUCAAUUAACUCAACUUCGCCGUGGAGUGGCCAAGAGGGAAGAGGGUGAAUUCGGUCUCUCUAAUCUUGGUAAGAGUCGGAGGAGUGACGGCGACCAGGGGACUGCGGCGGGGACCCGGAGCGCCCUGUGCAGAUUGCAGGGUGGAUACGCGCAGGCGGUUAUGGAGCGGACGGUGCUCUGGACCCGCCGCGGAUAGACACCCUGGCGGCUGGAGGGGCCCUCUGACCUCGGGGCCGACUUAGCAGCCGCUGCCACCUCGCAGCCGCAGCAUUUUCCUGCCAUUAUCGCCGCUCUUGAGAAGUCAUGGAAGACGCGACAGUGCCAGACCUCAGAGACAUCGAGCUGAAGCUGGGGCGCAAAGUGCCGGAGAGCCUAGUGCGCUCGCUGCGCGGGGAGGAGCCGGUUCCCCUGGAAAGGAUCAGGGACCCCUGUGGGGGGAGCAGCGGCGGCGGGGGCGGCUGUAGUAGCAGCAGCAGCUGCUGCAGCCUCCCUCCCUCCUUGUCGUCCUCCUCUUCGUCCUCCCCAACCUCGGGCUCCCCGGGAAGACGGAGCCACUCCAGCACCCUGGAGAGGCUGGAAACCAAGCUGCACCUCCUCAGGCAAGAGAUGGUUAAUCUCAGAGCCACGGACGCCAGGCUCAUGCGUCAGCUGCUUGUGAUCAACGAGAGCAUUGAGUCCAUCAAGUGGAUGAUCGAAGAGAAAGCCACCAUCACCAGCCGAGGCAGCAGUCUCAGUGGCAGCCUGUGCAGCUUACUGGAGAGUCAGAGCACCUCCCUCCACGGCAGCUACAAUAGCCUACACGAUGGCAGCGACGGGCUGGAUGGCAUCUCCGUGGGGAGCUAUCUGGACACCUUGGCAGAUGAUGUGCCAGGCCAUCACACCCCGUCAGACUUGGACCAGUUCAGUGACAGCUCCGUCACGGAGGACUCCCAAGCACUGCGCAAGCAUCCCAAAUUGGAUUCUGAAUACUACUGCUUUGGCUGAUGACCCAGGUUUUUUGCAUGGGAUUAGUGUGCAAUUAACUUGUAUUUAUCUCUCUUCUCUGCUGCUAUAUUUUUGGUGUGAUUUUUUUUUACAUGAUAACCUUUAAAAAAAAGAAGCAUAUUUUGAAACUGCUUGAUGAUAUUUCUGUUGCUCCUAAUAUUUCUAAUCUGGAUUCAUCUAUUUUUCUCUUUUACAUCUCUAUUUUUAUUUAUUACAAUGAUUUUUUUUCCUCGCCCUUCUUUUCCAGUGGCACAAAGAAAGAAGGGGGAAAGAAUAAGCAAUAAUUAUGUUUUUGCUUUUGUUUUCAGAGCAAGGGGUCAGGGAUGACAUCAAAAACUUUGCUAAAUUUUGCAAUAAACCAAAGUCUGAUAACAGCUAAUUUUGUUGCUUGCAUUCCUAAAUGAUUCAAAGUGUCAUUGUCUAGAAGAUACUGAGGUUUAUUACUGUUUAUAGAGUACACUGAACAAAAUGUCUGGGACCAAGUUAGGCAUUAUUUCCAGUCCACAACUUCCUAGCAUAAAAAUCAACAAAACUGUUAGUCACAUAUUUUUAUGGCAAUCAUUUGGAAGACUCAACGAUAUGAAAUCUAUUCAGUUCAACUUUGUAUUCAUAGUGUAGAUCAGCACUUUCUCAUCAGUGAUUCCUUUAUUUUUUUUAUUUUUAUUUUUUUUUAAUCCUCACCCAAAGAUAUUUUCCCAUUGAUUUUUAGAGAGAGUGGAAGAGAGAGGGAAAGACAGAGAGAAACAUCAAUGUGAGAGAAACACAUCGAUUGGUUGCCUCCUGCAUGAACCCUGACCAGGGCCCAGGCCAGGGAGGAGCCUGCAACGGAGGUACGUGCCCUUGACCAGAAUCAACCUGGGACCCUUUGGUCCGCAGGCUGACGCUCUAUCUACUGAGCUAAACUGGCUAGGGCUUCUCAUCAGUGAUGCUAACUGAAACGGUAGACUAUGUUGUGUGGUAAUAUUUGAUUCUCCCAAAUUUCAAAGAUAAUUGAGAUGAGAUAUGACGGUGAUUAGAGGUUAAGCCUCAGGGGUGAGGAACAUCUGGCCUGCAGGCCAUAUAAAGCCCAUGAAAUCAUUUGGUCUGGCCCUGCUAAGGCAUUAGGGGUGAGUUAAUUAAAUGUUUAACCAAAUAUAACAGCUAAUUUUUAAGUUGAUAACUUUGUAUGUCCUUCGAAUGAUUUUAUAAAUACCCAAAUGGCCUUUGGCUGAAAAAUGGUUCCCCACCCCUGGGUUAGGGGGUCCUAAAUUUAAUUGUAUUUUGAGAUUUUCUUAACAUUCACUUAUAUGCAUUUUGCAAUUGCAAUCAGAUAUAUAAAAACUUAGAUAAUACAUAUGAAUGGAUGGAUAGAUAUAUUACAUGCAAAGCAGAAUCACUAUUCACUUAUAUGAUAUCAUUUCAUCCUGCGGUGGAUAAAUAAUCUCUCAAUUUUGAUGUGAUUUUAUUAAUCCUCCACAUUUCCUUUACCUUAAUGAUUCCUAGUGAGUUAAUCUGUUGAGAUGUCAAACUGUAUUUUGUAAUGAUACAUGUUUCUGCACAAAAUAUUUUACAAUAUGAAUCAAAAAGUAUUCCUAUUUAAACUAAAAAAUGUCCAUAUUCAAGACAUGGUUUCCCCAAAAUGUCCUUUGUUACUGUGUACCUAUAACACACUUGUCAAAUGUAUUGUUUGUUUCCAGGACAUAUAUUAUUCAAUUUACGAUUAAAAUCUAUAGGGUCUAUA